AUGUCCGAAUCCCACAGCAGCAGUAGCAGCAGCAGCAGCAGCAGAAGCUCCUACUACUACAGCUCCAUCAACACAAAUGACGGAAAUACCACAACCGGACGCCGGCACGCAACGACCUCAUACACAGACAAGGACGGCGCAACCGUCGUACGUACCGCAACCCAAGAACUCGGGCAACCCGCCAUCGUCGAAGAGCGUCGUUAUGACCGCACGGGCCAAGAGCAACUUAUUUUGGAAAGCCCUGAUCUCGGAGGCACAUUGGCCGGCGGUGUGAAACGCAUCACAGAUCUUGACGAAGAGGAUGCGUCAGGGCUCGACAUUACCAAUGCCUAUGGCGGACCUGCGCAGCUCAUAGAUGAAUCUACGUCGUAUGAUUUGGAAACCAACCCGUUCGGUACGAAGAUCUACGAUCGGGAUUCUGGGGCUUAUGAUGAGCAUAUGGAUUAUGAUACUGCGGCUGGGACGAAUCAUCAUCGUGAGGCGAGGGAUGCCAGUGGACGGCUGUUCCAUCAGGACCUCAAAGUUGAGUCCUCAGGCCCUGAGAAGGUGGCCAGGGAGCACCGCGAAUAUGAAAAUCCGAAUACGGGGGUGAGGGUUGAGAGGGAUGAGGAUGUUGAUAUCUCUGAUCUGAUUUAG